AUCAAACUCUUAGAACAAUGAGUUCUUCAGAGCAAUUUAGUAGACUAGCAGGGAAAAAAUAGUAGCCUGAGGGUAACAUUCACAAUUUUUACAACUAAGCUUUUAAAUUAAAGCUCAGAACCCUUAAAUGUUUUGGAAGGCAAGUUUAGGGGAAAUGGAAGAAAAAAAGGAGAAAGAACAUCACACUAAAAUCAUUACCUUACCUUUUGUGUAACAACAUGCAAACAAAAACCAACUUGGUUAUGACCUGUUCUAUAUAGUAGGUAUUCUGAAUCUAUCUUCUUUUCUUCUCAACAAACUGCAUACUGAGUUUCCUAUGGAGGUCUGUCUAUGCAGCACUGAAGCUGGUUCAGCUUGAAACAGGCUCAUGAAAUCUUAACAUCCCCACCGUAUAUAAAUGUGAGUGAUUACUACAAAGCCUGUCUACACAAAUUUUUUUCACCUUUAGGAUACAAAACCUUUUGUGAAAGAUGUUUAUCUCUUCAUUGAACAAAAAGCCUCAAAUCAAAAUUAUAUGCAAAUCCAAUUAAAUUAAGUGCAAUGUCACAAAUAACAAGUUUAAAUAUUCCUAUUUGGGUCUCAAAAAUGACUACACUCCUAUGCCUUUACAUCAGAGAGAAAAUUCUACAUGCUUUGUUCCUUUCAGUUAAGAUUUCUUACUUAUGAAUAACUUUAAAAAUGCUACUAAUGCAUUAUAUAUUAGUUUUCAAAAACAUAGAGAAUUGUUCAAUAUUGUGCUUGCCUAGGAAAUCAUUUAGACAUUUAGAAAUAAGUAGAAACCCACAUUUGGCUGGAGAAUUAAACAUGUGUAACUGUUUAACUACUGAGAGGAAAUUCAGUUUAUUCUGUGUGACUCUUAUUACUUCAAAGAACAGAUAUAACAGCCUUUCACAGUAAAUCCCGUCCCCGAUACAGUUAAAUGCAAAUUCUCUCUUCAGCUUACUCCAGCAAGCUCCUGCGUUGCAUAGCCCAUGCGCCACCUACUGUAAAACGGAGCUGCCAGUGCAGAGAUGCUGCCAGCAUCUCCAUUCCAUCGCCAGGCUGGGACGGAAUAAAAGCGUGUCUCUGUGGUAGUGUCUUUUCUUUCAAAAAAAAAAAAAAAGCCUCAACGCCAAGAACAAGCUGAAACAGCAUCUUCAAAAAUGGAGCGUAAAAUAAUCAGAAGAGAAAAAGAAAAGGAAUAUGAAGGGAAACACAACAGCCUGGAAGAUACUGACCAAGGAAAGAGCUGCAAAUCCACACUGAUGACCCUCAACGUUGGUGGAUAUUUAUACAUCACUCAAAAACAAACACUGACCAAGUACCCAGACACUUUCCUCGAAGGUAUAGUAAAUGGAAAAAUUCUCUGCCCCUUUGACGCUGAUGGCCAUUAUUUCAUUGACAGAGAUGGGCUCCUCUUCAGGCAUGUCUUAAACUUCCUGCGAAAUGGAGAACUUCUACUGCCCGAAGGGUUUCGAGAAAAUCAACUUCUUGCCCAAGAAGCAGAAUUCUUCCAGCUCAAAGGACUGGCAGAAGAAGUAAAAUCCAGGUGGGAAAAAGAACAGCUAACACCCAGAGAGACUACUUUCUUGGAAAUAACAGACAACCAUGAUCGUUCACAAGGACUGAGAAUCUUCUGUAAUGCUCCUGAUUUUAUAUCAAAAAUAAAGUCUCGCAUUGUGCUGGUGUCAAAAAGCAGGUUGGAUGGAUUUCCGGAGGAGUUUUCAAUAUCAUCGAAUAUCAUUCAAUUUAAAUACUUCAUAAAGUCUGAAAAUGGCACUCGACUUGUACUAAAGGAAGACAACACCUUUGUCUGCACCCUGGAAACUCUGAAGUUUGAAGCGAUCAUGAUGGCUUUAAAGUGUGGAUUUAGACUGCUGACUAGCCUGGACUGCUCCAAAGGGUCAAUUGUUCACAGUGAUGCACUUCAUUUUAUCAAGUAAUUACCUGUCUCACGAACAAAGGCAACACGCAUGCAGCCAGCGAGCUUCAGAAAACCACAGCAUCAAAGGCAUCCCAAAUAACGUGCUCAGCUAGCUCUGUCCUACAGAGCCUGGCUUCAAAUCAAGUACUGUGAGCUGAUGGUAUGUAAAUUCUAUAGCUAAAUAUGUCUUCUCUGGUGGUCCUGCUGUUCAGACUCUCGCACCUAAAAUGAAAACAGUGGUCUUCUAUACUGUAAAUAAAGACUGAAUGCUUUUGCUAUUUGUUUAUUUUUCCUAAACUGUCUUUCAGAGUGUCUUGGGUAAUUGCACACACACAAAAAGCAUGUAAAUUAUCUAUGGCUUCUUAAAGUAAAUAGUAAUAAAGAAAUGUUAAGGGGUUAGAAGCUUUAAAAUGUUUUCUACUUGUGGUAAAAAUGUACAAAGAAACUGAAUUGGUAAAAUUAACCACUGCAAGCAAACCUGAUCUACCUAAAACAUAGCUAGGGUGAGAUAAAAUGAGCCUGUUAAAAGGUCUCAAGGCUACUGACUUUUGAUUUUUAAUAGAAGACACCAAAAGCUUUAUUUACAAUUCCUAUAUUUCAUACAAGCAUUACAGAUGAAUUGAUAUUCUGCUGAAAAUUCCUAGAAAUCGUUUGAUGACAAUAAAAAAUAAAAUCACUGCUAGCUGCUCUGCAUGUCCUAAUAAGUAUAACAAAAAGUUAUAUGUGUCACUUUAAAAACAAGUAAUACUACUUGAUGAUUUUGCAUAAUAUUAAGCAUUGAUGUAAUCAACCAUUGGACUAUAGUAACCUGGUUGGUCUUGCAAGUAACAAAAAUUAGCAGAUUCAUCUCUGCACACUAAACUCCAAUACAGUAUGGGUACAUUAAUCUCAACACAUUACACAGUAUUAGAAUAAUAAGGGAGCCUGUUUUCACAAAUACUCUAAACUAUUUUUUAAGCUCAGAAUUCUAAA